CUUUGAAUCGACGACAAUCGAGAAUCGAUUCCUCCCGCCAAACAACAACAAGGCAAUAAAAAUGGCGGCGCUGUACGGCUCCGUGUCGGGGUUCAGAAUGUUAAGGGUGGCGACCAGAAUGAUGGGAGUUACUCAACAAACAGUUCGCUCUCUCUUCGUCCAGACCCAGGACACCCCCAACCCUAACAGCAUCAAGUUCCUCCCGGGCCGAACCAUUCUCGAGACGGGGACCAUGGACUUUCCCUCUCAGCGGGAGGCCCACCGCUCCCCCCUCGCCAGGCAGUUGUUCAGAGUUGAAGGAGUCAAGAGUGUUUUUCUAGGACCGGAUUUCAUCACCAUCACCAAGGUGGAGGAGGAUUCCUGGAAGCUUCUGAAGCCCGAGGUGUUCGCGGCCAUCAUGGACUUCCUGUCGUCGGGGCUGCCCGUGGUCACCAUGGCCACCCCCGCCCCCCAGGUGGGGGAGGGGGUGGCGGUGGCUGGGGGUGAGGAUGGGGGAGAGGACGAGGAGGUGGUGGCACUUAUCAAGGAGCUGCUCGACUCGCGAAUACGCCCCACGGUUCAGGAGGACGGUGGCGACGUGGAGUUUCGUGGUUUCCGCGACGGUGUCGUGUCGCUUCGUCUGCAGGGCGCCUGCACCUCCUGCCCCUCAUCCUCACUCACGCUCAGCAGCGGCAUCCUGAACAUGAUGCAGUUCUACAUCCCAGAGGUUACCUCUGUGGAGCAGGUUAAGGAUGAAAUUGAUGAUGUGACUGAGAAGACAUUUGAAGAGUUUGAAAAGAAGCAGGAGGAGAAGAAACCACAGAGGCCUUGACAGAUAAACACACUCAUCGCUUCACUCAUAGACUCACUCAUAAACUUACUCAUAAACUCACUCGUAUACUGACUCAUAGGCUUACUCAUUGACUCUCUGUCACAUAGACUCUCACAUAGACUCACUCAUAGACUCUCUGAAUCAUAUGCUCACUCAAUCAUAGACUCAAUCAUAGAUUCAAUCAUAGACUCACUCUCACAUAGUCACUCAUAGACUCUCAUAUACUGACUCAUAGGCUUACUCAUAGACUCACUCACAGACUCACUGUCACAUAGACUCUCACAUAGACUCACUCAUAGACUCUCUGAAUCAUAUGCUCAAUCAUAGACUCAAUCAUAGAUUCAAUCAUAGACUCACUCUCACAUAGUCACUCAUAGACUCUCAUAUACUGACUCAUAGACUUACUCAUUGACUCACUGUCACAUAGACUCUCACAUAGACUCACUCAAUCAUAUACUCAAUCAUAUACUGACUCAUAGGCUUACUCAUAGACUCACUCAUAUACUGACUCAUAGACUCUCACAUAGACUCACUCAUAGACUCUCUCAAUCAUAUACUCACUCAAUCAUAUACUCAAUCAUAUACUCAAUCAUAGACUCAAUCAAUGACUCACUCUCACAUAGUCACUCAUAUACUGACUCAUAGGCUUACUCAUAGACUCACUCAUAGACUCACUGUCACAUAGACUCUCACAUAGACUCACUCAAUCAGAGAACCAAUCAUAGACUCAAUUGUAUACACAAACAUAGACUCACUCAACCAUAGACUCACUCAACCAUAGAUUCACUCUAACAUAGAAUCACUCGUAGACUCAUUCACACAAAGACGAAGAUCCCCUGUAUAGCCUCUUAACAGGCCGUUGGGUCAAGUGCUGUUUGCUAAUACUCGCAGCAGCAGCAGCAGCGCCUAUGAAGGCCGGCAUUGUGGUACCCGAAGGUGACCAGCGCUAUGACCUGCCCUGCCGCCUCUGCCUCCCCGGUGCUGAUGUUUAAAACACUGCACGGGGUACUUGUGUAAUCAGGCUGAGUCGACCUAGGGUAGGCCCAGGACCGGUUCAGAUAAUCGCUGCUGUCACUGGUGGUCGGCCGUGAGUAGGAAUCGAACUCGGGUCUCUGCCGAGUUUGUAGUGCGGAUCGAUGCGCCAACCGCUGCGCCACCUCUCUCCAACCACGCACGACUCAAAAAAAAUAUAUACACUAUACUGUAUACUGCUACGUUGAAUUUAUUGAAGGCUGAGCCUACCUAGGCGUUGGCCGCGCGCUACACGUGCGUUUGUGUGUGCAAUUGCCCCCCCCCCCCCCGCCUCUAAACUUUGUAACUAAUUGGCGGGAAAUGUCAUUGGCACACAUUGGUUGGCAUCGAGCUGAGUUGCUGGUAAUAAAGUUGAGGUAAAUCUCA